GCGGGAGGGAGACGGGAGGGGAUUCCCGAGCCAGCCGGGCGCUCGCCCUCCACCCGCUGGCUGCAGCGUCGCGCGGCCAAGGUCAGAGGCGCCGCAGGAGCAGCGGCGGCGAACCAGAGCAGCGGGUCAAUCCCGGCCGCGGAAAGAAAGCCCCAGGGCGCGUUCGGCCCGCGUCAGCAGCGGCCGGAGAGGGAGGCGAGAGAAGGUCUCCGGGCCGGCGGGGGCCCCCCGAGGUAGUCGCGGGCGCAGAGACACGGCAGGUGGCGGCCCCCUCGGUCCGCAAGAGAGGAGCCCGGGCUCCACCUUUGGCUCCCAGGCGCUGUCCGUCGCCUCGUGGUGCUGAACCCAGCCCCACGGCCAAGCGGCCUGCUCAUUCGCCUUCUCACCUAAAGAUCGCCCGGACUGGGGGCGGGGCAAGGGCAAAAGGAUCCCCUGGGCAGCUGCCCACAGGAACCGAGGGGCUGAAACAGGACAGCUAGCGAACCUCAACCCGGCAGCUGGUCCUGAUGUGCAGAGGAGACGCGCGCUGCAGCCGGCUGCGGCGCUAGUGCUGAUUCAUCACCUAAAGCAUCUCUCAGGCCACCGCGAGGGCAGCCGACAAGCUCCGGACUCUGGCCGCAGGUUGAAGCCGCUGGUGCAGGAGCCUCGCGUGCAGAAGGUGAGGACCCUCUCCUUCCUCUUGCCCCCAGUCGUCUAUGGGCGGUGGCCCCAGGACAGAGAGAGGGGCGUGCCCCAGGGUUGUGAAACAGUCAUGACCGUGUGAUGCCCCCGCCUCGAGUCUCACUGGUGCUAACCACACUUGUUCUCCUCCGCCCGUCUCCGGAGCUUGGGCCAUUCCACUCUCCGCCCUGAGCAGCUCUCUCUGCCGGCGCAGCGAUGGAGGAGGAGCUGAAGUGCCCGGUGUGCGGCUCCCUGUUUCGGGAGCCCAUCAUUUUGCCAUGCUCCCACAACGUCUGCCUGCCUUGCGCUCGCACCAUCGCGGUGCAGACCCCGGACGGUGAGCAACACCUGCCCCCGCCGCUCCUGCACUCCCGGGGCUCAGGGCUGCCCGCCGGCGCCGCCGCCGCGCCCCCUCUGGACCACGAGGCGGCGGCUGGCCCGGCCUGCAGCGGCGCGGGUGGGAGCGCAGCUAGCGGCCCGGGCGGCGGUGCGGGAGGUGGCGGCGACCACGCGGACAAGCUGAGCUUGUACAGCGAGACAGACAGCGGUUAUGGCUCUUACACCCCGAGCCUCAAGUCCCCCAACGGGGUUCGCGUGCUGCCCAUGGUGCCCGCGCCACCGGGCUCCUCGGCUGCUGCUGCCCGGGGUGCCGCCUGCUCCUCGCUGUCCUCGUCCUCCUCAAGCUCCAUCACGUGCCCGCAGUGCCACCGCAGCGCCUCCCUGGACCACCGCGGCCUGCGCGGCUUCCAGCGCAACCGACUGCUCGAGGCCAUAGUGCAGCGGUAUCAGCAGGGCCGCGGGGCUGGGCAGGGGGCGUCCGCAGCCGCUGCUGUGGCCAUCUGCCAGUUGUGCGACCGCACCCCGCCCGAGCCGGCCGCCACGCUCUGCGAGCAGUGCGACGUGCUCUACUGCGCUGCUUGCCAGCUCAAGUGCCAUCCAUCCCGGGGACCCUUCGCUAAGCAUCGCCUGGUGCAGCCGCCGCCGCCGCCCGCUCCCGCCGAGGCCGCCUCUGCGUCCCCAGGCGCCGCCCAGGGCGCCCCCAGCGGAGGCGGCGGCUGCAAGAGCCCGGGUGCCACCGCGGCUGGAGCGGCGGGGGGCAGCGCAGCCCGCAAGUACCCCACGUGCCCUGAACACGAAAUGGAGAACUACAGCAUGUACUGCGUGAGCUGCCGAACCCCGGUGUGCUAUCUGUGCCUGGAAGAAGGCCGGCAUGGCAAGCACGAGGUGAAGCCGCUGGGGGCCAUGUGGAAACAACACAAGGCCCAACUGUCUCAGGCCUUAAAUGGAGUUUCCGAUAAGGCAAAAGAAGCAAAGGAGUUUCUGGUUCAGCUGAAGAACAUUCUGCAGCAGAUCCAGGAGAACGGCCUGGACUACGAGGCCUGCCUGGUGGCUCAGUGUGAUGCCCUGGUCGAUGCCCUGACCCGGCAGAAAGCCAAGCUGCUCACCAAGGUUACCAAAGAGAGGGAGCACAAGCUGAAGAUGGUUUGGGACCAGAUCAAUCACUGCACGCUGAAGCUGCGCCAGUCCACGGGGCUGAUGGAGUACUGCCUGGAGGUAAUCAAGGAGAACGACCCCUCUGGGUUCUUGCAGAUCUCAGACGCCCUGAUCAAGCGUGUCCAGGUGUCUCAAGAGCAGUGGGUCAAAGGUGCCCUGGAGCCCAAAGUGUCUGCGGAGUUUGAGCUGACCUUGGACAGCGAGCCGCUGCUGCAGGCCAUCCACCAGCUGGACUUCAUUCAGAUGAAAUGUAGGGUGCCGCCCGUGCCCCUGUUGCAGCUGGAGAAGUGCUGCACCCGUAACAACAGCGUCACGCUGGCCUGGAGGACGCCGCCCUUCACCCACAGCCCGGUGGACGGCUACAUCCUGGAGCUGGACGAUGGCGACGGGGGACAGUUCCGGGAGGUGUAUGUUGGCAAGGAGACCCUGUGCACCAUCGAUGGUCUUCACUUCAACAGCACCUAUAACGCCAGGGUCAAGGCUUUCAACUCCUCCGGUGUCGGGCCCUACAGUAAGACCGUCGUCCUACAGACGUCCGACGUGGCCUGGUUCACAUUUGACCCCAACUCUGGGCACCGGGACAUCAUUUUAUCCAACGACAACCAGACGGCCACCUGCAGCAGCUACGACGACCGGGUGGUGCUGGGCACGGCGGCUUUCUCCAAGGGCGCGCACUACUGGGAGCUGCACGUGGACCGCUACGACAACCACCCGGACCCCGCCUUCGGGGUGGCCAGGGCCAGUGUGGUCAAGGACAUGAUGCUGGGCAAGGAUGACAAGGCCUGGGCCAUGUACGUGGACAACAACCGCAGCUGGUUCAUGCACUGCAACUCCCACACCAACAGGACGGAAGGCGGUGUGUGCAAGGGGGCCACCGUGGGUGUGCUGCUGGAUCUGAACAAGCACACCCUGACCUUCUUCAUCAACGGGCAGCAGCAGGGCCCCACGGCCUUCAGCCAUGUGGACGGGGUCUUCAUGCCAGCCCUCAGCCUCAACCGCAACGUGCAGGUCACCCUGCACACGGGAUUGGAAGUGCCAACGAACCUGGGACGGCCAAAGCUGUCGGGCAACUAGCCCCCCAGGUCCUGCUCUGCACAGCCGUCCCUCACAGCACGCACAGGACCCCCCGAAGGCAGCACAGCCACAUCUCGGGUGCAGCCAGGCAGCCACUGAGCAUCUUGGAGACCCGCUUUCUUUGGGGGACGGAGAAUGGUCUGCAGGCCGUGCUCGCUGAAGCCACUGUCGAUGGUGUGCACGGGUGUGUGCUCCCCUCAUUCCAUCGGAUGUUACAAACACGAAGAAGGACCUUACUCAAGGGAGGGAGGACGUAUUCGGGGUUUUGUUUUGUUUCCUGCCUUCUAUUUUCAAAGCUUGUCUUUUUGGGGGGGGCAAGAGGAGAGUGGACUCUGAGACGGGCAUCCUGAGACUAGGAGGCAGGGGACACACGGGAACCCCGUGUCACUGGUGUCAAGUCUCUGCUGGACGCCACUCCUUCAGAGAACCAAGGGUGCCGGUUCCCACCUCUACCAGGAAAUGUUAUCCUUUAGCCUUUCGGUUCUGGAGUCUUCAGGAUGCUAUGCCACUUGCAGACCUAAUCCAGGAUGGAUAGAGAGGAACGUUAAUCAUCUUGAUCUCUGCUGCUCUCAUUGAACUGCUGAGAACUUUUUAAAACAGUCUCCUUGGGUCCUUCAUCAAUCAACCAACCUCUCUCUCUCUCUCUCUUCCACACGCGCGCACACACACACACACACCAGUCUGCUGAAAUUCAUUCACUCAGUUCUUAAACACAAAAGGAAACACUGGAAUCUGAAUCACUCUGCGAUGAGUCUCCACCUGGUGAUGGCUUUUUUCGGGAGCUGCAAACCUGAGUCACUCUUCCGAGUUGUGAGCGCUCAGACUCAUGAGCGUGUGGGAUGGGAGACCCUGGGGAAGCCUCUUGUACUCAGUCCACCUUCACUAUGAGACCAUCUACUGUCAACGUGAAAGCAUCACGAGAGCAAGGAGUGGCCCCGAUGGCAGGGGAGGCUCUGCCCUGACGGGGUGGGCAGGACUCUGCAGAAGGCAGGACACAGACGACAGGAUCGUGUUCCUGGUCUCCCUGCUUCCCCUAGAGCCUGGGUGUGCAGGGUCCACGUGGCCAGGGCGGGGCUCUGGGGUGAGCCCUCCCCUCCCUGCUGGGAACACUGACCUUCUCCCUUGAGUCCACUUCUCGGAAAGAGCCCGCUCCAGGGUCUAAGCCAGGAGGCUGCCGUCGUCCUGUCCCCAGAGCACCUCUCCCUCCUCCCCCAUCUCUUCUUCCUUGUCCCCCACCACCUCCGUCUCCAGCUGGUAGUAAGCCUUUCUCUCUCCUUUUUAAAAGAAUAUAUUUUAUCAAGCAUUAUUUUUGAGGUUGAGGAGUACCUUGUCUAUGUGCUGGAUGGGUUGUUUUUCUUUUUCUUUUAUAAAACUGAGACCGGAAACCGGCACCAACUGUGUUUACUCGGCUCUACCUGCUUGUUUAGACACUGCACUUGCUUUCUGAGUCAGCCCGGCCAGCGCUGUGCAGAUCCUACCCUCUAUUCAGCAGAUCCGACAAUCCUACCUCAAGCCCCCUGCUCCCAGACGGACGUCUGCCUGUCCGGCUGCGUCCACAGAGGUGGCCGGCGAGGCGGGCUGCCCCGCGUCUGCAGGAGCUGCCUGGUGCUGUGUCCAAGCCCCCGCCGCCCAGGUCCCGGUAGCCAUCUGCCCGGUGGAGUCGAGGUCUCCUCCUUCUCGUCCCACAGGUGGUUCCCAGGGCACACGGAGGCCCUCCGCUUCCCAUCCCGAAGCUCCAGCCAGAGCCCAGCAGGUGAUGCGCACGCGCGCCAGGCACCCCGGCUGCCCAGGUCUUCCUUCGCGCAGCCGCCUGUCCCGUCUCCGCUUCCACUGCGCUUCCUUUUCACUCCUGGGCCACAGUCCUGGUGGACCCGGCUUGGAGCGUUGGAGAAGGUUCCUGAAGACUGGAGCUCCCAGAGGAGCCACAGCCUUGCUGGGCUGAGGAAGCUGUGGCCAGCAGGUCCAGAUGCAUCAACUUUGGGAAAUGUCUUUUAGGAAAGAUGAGCCCGGCGUGCCAGGAGUGAGGUAUGGCUGGAAAGGCGGCUAGGCAGGACCGCCCGCGGAAGGGGCUCUGUUCAGUGGAGUCUGGGUGGAAGGCUGGGGAGCUCCCAGCAUCAUGGAAGCUGGGUGACCACGCGGCCCUGGCCCUGCAUCUCUGGGGAGGAGCUCCUCGGGAGCAGCCUGGACUUGGUGCCACCUUCGGGAGAGCCAGCACAUGGGUCAGCUGGAGAUGGGAAAGGGAGAAGGGAGGUCUCUUUAGGAAGAACAUGACCUGCGGCGCAAAGAGAAGCCGCUGGGACUCCCUCCCCACCCGUGGCAGGCAGCAGCCCAGAGGUGCUGUGAGUGCUUAGCAGGUGAGCAUCUGCCUUUCCCGGCUCCUCCAGGGUCCCAGAAGCAAUACGGCUGAUACCGGGGACUGCGUCAGGCUGUCCUACAGCCACCUCUCCUGUCCUCAGCCCAAAACACCUUCUAGGAACAAGAACGGACCUCAGGGAGAAGGCAGGUCCGUGCUGCACAUCUGUGUUCUUGAGGGACCAGCAGAAUGAAGAAAGGACUCGUCCACAACUCAUGGCCUUGGGUCAGCCUCUCAAGCAGCCUGGGAUUCAGGGUAGAAGAAACAGGUCAUGGGCUUCUCAUCUGCCAUCGAAUUCCCUGUUCCUUUACAAUGCGGUGACAUUUUUGUACAUAAAAAUGAUAUCAAGAUGAUGCUUUGGUUGGGCUGGCUGAAGGAUAACUUAGUGUGCGUCUAUCAAGCAGUUUCAGUGAGAAAGGAAUUGAAAGUAAUUUAAAAUGUCAAGUUCCAUUACAUUGUAAAUAAUGCCCCCGCAACGUAGUUCUGCUGUUUGUUUGUUCUUUGCUAGUGAGCAAGUUUGGUCAAAGUGUAUGCCUUUCCUUUUAGAAUUCAAUUCUUUAUAAAAAUUAUCCAGAAGCAUCUCACCACAUAGCAUCCUAGCUCCUAAUUCAAAGCAAGGUAAGACAUUACACACAGCCCCGCUUCCCGCUCUGUCCUGUUUGGAAGAAUAAUGAUUCCAAUUAAAAUGGGCAUCAGGCAUCCUGACCCACAACGUAACUGACCUAAAAACUAUAAAACUGUAGGUAGUUCUAGGCUGAGUCUUCAGCCCUAUACACACUCUGCAGUUUCGACAGCGCCAUCAGGCGCCCCGUGGCUCACCAAGAUUGGGGAGGGUCAUGCUUACAGCACGAGCCUGGGCAGAACAGGGGUUCACGAGAGCGAUGGGGACGGGCCCAUCCUCCUCGCUCUUAGCACCUGGGACGGCUGCACCCCUCUGGUGCCCCUGCCCGCUGCCUACCAGGGCACUCUCAGGAAAGGACCAGGAUGCAGGAUCUAUGUGUACUUCUUCCAGGGAUAUGUACAUUUAAGCCUUAAUUCUAAUUGCAACUGAAAGGCUUGGUCCCCUGAGAAGGCGCGUGGCAGGACAGGUGAGCGGGCCGCUCAUAGGUGAAGCUGCUGCUGGUCCCAGGGCGCCCGCUGCCUGUGAGGUAGGGAGGGUGGGUACAGCCCCAGGGGGACCCAGCGUGUAAAUGCUGAAAAACACAAUCACAAGCCCGCCGGCGAUGCCAGGAGCUCUCAACCUCAGCACUAUUGACAUGUGGCGUGGUGGUUGGGUGGAGAGCUGGUCCUGUGCACUACAGGAUAUUGAGAAGCAUCCUUGACCUCCACUCAGUAGAUGCCAGGAGCGCCCCAAGGUAGCUGUGGCAACUAAAAGUGUCUACAGACAUUGCCAAGUGUCACCCAGGGGACUCCCUGUCUGAGAACCACUGGUUAUGCUAGCAGUUUGUUGUGUCGAUAUGCAGAGUGAUGUGUGGGGCAUCCACGCUGUGGUCCCCAGAAAGCCUGUACCACGAGGUUGCGGGCUUCAUCUUAACACCCCUGACCAGGCCUUCCCGGGUCUGCAGUGUUCUGCCAGAUUAGGGGGGGCGGUCAGAAAAAUGGGGGGAGCCUCUCACAGAAGCCAACCUGUCAGGUCUCACUUUGUAUUCCUGAAAUGUCCCCAACCCACCCCCCUUCCUAGAAAGCAAAUCUCCUUACCCACGUUUUCCCCUGCCCACUUUUGAUUGGAAGCAACAGGAACGUCUUAGUAGGUGUGUGGCCUUUAACUGGUCAAAAAAACAUAAUCAGGUAUCAUCAGAAAGCUAUUCAAGGCUUAUGCAGAUCCCGGGAAAUCUCAGCUUUUCUUUUGCAAGUGAGCCAGGAGCUAUUCAUUGGUCACAUUCCUUGAUCCACAGCUUUAACUUUAAAUGGACUGUAAAACAGAUGAGAGUACGUUUGGGGCAGGACACCAGGCUCAGCCCUCAGAAAAGCCUCUCUUAACCUGGUACGGGUGGGGCCGAAUCUCUUCAGUCUUUCUGUGCCUCAGUCUCCCCACCUGAACAUGGGAACCAGUCACACUAACCUACCUCCUCUGAUGUGUCGUAAGGAUCACAGAAUAACGCUUCUUAAAGAAGAAAGUAGAGACUUUCAUUUGUGGAGUCCAGGCUAACGGUUCACAUUCAGAGGACAGAGCCUGUGCGGUGACUUUCCCGAAAGGUUCUCUGACCAGUGUCUUCCAUCCAAGCCUCUUACGACAGGAGCACAUGUAGAUUACACAGCUGCCUGGCCUGGAAGGGGUAAAACCAGCUGUGCGUGAGCACAGAGAGUUCCCGUUCCCAGAGAUGCGACAGCGGUACCCAUUCUCAGAGCAACCUGUUUUCAGCAUUCUCAAAGGCGUCUGCAGGCAGAAGCCCCCUCAAAACAUGGAGAGUGACCGCCUUCCUGCCUCCUUGGUUAUCUUAGUUCUAGUAUCUAAGUCUCCUCUGUUUCCAAGGAUCUUGGCAGAGGGAGCUUUGAAAACCAUCUAAGCUGCGGUCUGGAAGGCCAGUUGGCCUAAAAGACGGAGGGGCUGGUGUCAUCACAGGCUGGGACUCACUUGCACUACCUGUUAAGGGGGGCUCCUUCCUGGCUUUCACGAUGAAUGACAUUGACUUGAGUGAGAGGAGUUGGGAGCUGAGACUCCAGGCAAGUCUCUAAGCCAGGAAGCAUCGCCUUCUGUCAAAGGGCGCAGCUCCUGGAGGGUGCGGGCUGCCUGGCCUGGUCCUGGGAGACCCAGGGGGCCAGCGAGGUGGCCACCGCUCCCGAGGCCAGGCCCUCAGGAAGCCUUCAAGGAGAGCCCAAGACAGGCUUUAGGUCUGGAAAACAGACUGCUUGCGGCUGUGGACGCAGGACCAUGCUGGGUGCUUCCUGGGUGAGGCUGCAGCCUGGGGAGGGCCUUUCCGACUUCUCACCUGGUGGCUGGACGUCCCAGGCCCUGGAUUUUCUCAGCACCAAGAGGAAGUGCAGAGGAAGCAAAGCAGAAAACGUUAAAUGCAUGAUGUAGAAUUGCUGCUUUCGCACUAAACUAUUGUAUCAAGCAUGAGAGAUGUGUGUUUAACAUGGGCAAAGGAAUUUUAAAAGUAACGAAAAGCUUCGUGUCCUUGUUUCGGCUGUCGACAGAACCUCCAUCUUCCUGUCUUUCUUUACCCUGCUUUCUCCCUGCCCCCGCCCCUCCCCCACUGCAUCCACUUUCUGUCGGGAGCUGUUGGCCUUUGGUGGCAGCUUUUGGUCCCGUUGGUGUUCACGUUCCACUAGAAACACGGAGGAGGGAAGUGGGGGGAUGGUAUGCAACUUUUUUCUAAUUUUUGUAUUGGUAUCCCAAGCGUUUGUAUUUUUUGAAUUGCAAACACUGUGUUUUCUGGUCUUUGGGGGUUGGUUGACCUUUGUGUAUUGCCUUUUGGAAAACCUGAGUUUUACCACAGUCUUAAGCAGAUUUGAAAUAAAUUCUUUUGA